AAUAAGGUCAAACGCAGCCAAUUUCAGGAUAAGGAGGAUCUAACUAUUAAAAUAACUAUAGCCUGUAAUACAGUUCCCCACGAGCAUCUCAAAGCACUUUUACAGUACUCAGUUAGCGUAUUUGAGAAGUGCUUAAAGAGUGAUUCUAAUUAA